CACGUGACGGCGCGGGACCAAUCAGGAGUCGCCGUGCCGUCUGGUAGGAAGCAGGUAAAAUGGCGGAGGGAGCUGGCAGACCGAAUGUGGAGGUUGUCCGCGGGCAGACUUUCGAGGUCGGGCCUCGCUACAGCGGCCUGCAGUACAUCGGGGAAGGCGCCUACGGGAUGGUCUGCUCUGCAGUGGACCAGACCACAGGGAAACGCAUCGCCAUUAAGAAGAUCAGUCCCUUCGAGCACCAGACGUACUGUCAGAGGACGCUACGCGAGAUCAAGAUCCUCAGAAGGUUUAAACAUGAGAACGUGAUUGGCAUUGAGAACAUCAUCAGAUCAGCCUCCAUCGAUGAGAUGAAGGACGUCUACAUUGUGCAGUGUCUGAUGGAGACAGACUUGUACAAACUGCUGAAGACACAGCAGCUCAGCAACGAUCACGUCUGCUACUUCCUGUAUCAGAUCCUGCGGGGACUCAAGUACAUCCACUCUGCAAAUGUGCUGCACAGAGACCUCAAACCCUCCAACCUACUGCUCAACACCACCUGUGAUCUUAAGAUCUGUGACUUUGGGCUGGCGCGCGUGGCGGACCCGGAGCACGAUCACACCGGCUUCCUGACGGAGUAUGUCGCCACCAGGUGGUACCGGGCACCCGAGAUCAUGCUCAACUCCAAGGGUUACACCAAGUCCAUUGACAUCUGGUCUGUGGGCUGUAUCCUGGCCGAGAUGCUGAACAACAGGCCCAUCUUUCCUGGCAAGCACUAUCUGGACCAGAUCAGCCAUAUUUUAGGAGUGGUGGGAUCGCCGAGCGCAGAGGACCUGAGCUGGAUCAUUAACGACAAGGCUCGCAGCUAUCUCCAGUCGCUCCCGUACAAGGCCAAGGUGCCGGUGGCCUCUGAGCCCUUCAAGUUCGACACAGAGCUGGAUGAUCUGCCUAAGGAGAAGUUGAAAGAAAUGAUCUGGGAGGAGACGAAGUUUUUCAGCCACCAACACAAGUGAGACAGGAUUCAGCAGAAGACUGUCGCCAGCAGCAUUCCCCCCCUCGCCCCCCCUCCCCACGCCCCCCUCCCGCUGACAUGCGAAUGUACAUGGAGCAUUUUCACACACCUGUGACUUGAUAUUGUGGCUGUGCCUCCAACUUGGACAUAAAAAAAACAGGAACAGUGGAUUUCUGUACAGCCAGACUAAGCUGUUUUCACCAUUCUACUACUGCAGGGCUCGAAAUACUGUCUAUAUAUACAGGUUAGUGCUGGGUAUAAAGUGGAGUGUGCAGGUAUUUCUGAUGUCUACAUUUACCUGCACUGGCUCGUUAUAAAACCAGCCCAAAAGUACCUUGCAUUUUUUAAAGAGUCUUCCUAUUAUAUAGGAGAUUACAAGAUUAGAAAAGGACGACCAAAAACGUCUUUGAAAAAAAAAACACCACCAAAAACUUAAAUUAUUUUUGAUUUACUAAAAGGAACAGAAAACAUUUGGCAGAGAUGAUUUUAAGCAUUGCCCAAGAAAAGUAUUUCGAGCCCUGCCGUUUCCUUGAGUCUGUUGAAGAAAAGAUGAUUCCAUAUCUUGUGGAAGUUGUGCGGAGAAUGAUUUGAUAUUGUACAGCUAACAGGGAACUGUAAGGUGGUGUUCCAGAGCUAUCCGUAGGUAUAUCUAGCAGAUAGAGAUAUAUAAAUUGUAUAAUGUUGUAAACCUUGAAGAGGGGAACUAUUGAAUUAUUGUUUUAGCACUUACUUUAUAUACAGGAAUGGCUCUCUUAAACCUUGACCAUGCCCACUGCUUAGUUUAUGUAAGGGGAGUGGGUUUCGGUCUUUUUGGACAAGACGAGCGCUACUUUUUGUUGAUUUCUAAGCUUGCGAACAUUUCCAAGGCAGACAAUGUAUGAAGAGGAAAAGAAAUUUAGCUUACAGUAAUUUUUUUGUUUUUGUUUUUAAACUGAAUGUGAAGGAAUAAGUGUAAUGGUGCGGACGGGGUGUACAUACGGUUUGGGAGUGGACAGAACUACAGGGUAGGGAGAGUGGCGGGUCGCAGAGCUUCGUACUUCAUGGUCAAUAUUUGUAAGUCUGUCACAGAACUCUGGUUAAGAGGACAGGGAAAAUGUAAUCAUCUAAAAAAGCCCAAAACUCCUGAGCCCAGGACAGGAUUGGAGAUGCCUGAAUUUUGAUGGAAAUGUGCCGUUUUGGUCGUCAGGUAAAACGUAACUUUGCUUUCAGCAACAAGUUUUUAAUAUCAUGUACAUGUAGAUGUCCAUAUGCCCAGAGACAAAGUGUUUCCACAUU